AUAGUUUUAGCUGAAUUUUGGGACAGGGCCACUGCUUCACCAAGGUCUGAUACUAGUGAUAACCACAGUGGAAGGCUGCAGUUCCAGGUAAGUGUUUCUAGUGCCAAACUUAAAAGAAGAAAGAACUGGUUCGGAACAGCAAUAUAUACAGAAGUAAUUGUAGAUGGAGAAAUUAGGAAAACAGCAAAAUCCAGUAGUUCUUCUAAUCCAAAAUGGGAUGAACAGCUAACUGUAAAUGUUAUGCCACAGACUACAUUGGAAUAUCGAGUUUGGAGUCAUCACAAUUUAAAAGCUUAAUUAGGAAAUGCAACGAUAGAUUUGAAACAAGCUCUAUUGAUACACAAUAGAAAAUUGGAAAGAGUGAAAGAACAAUUAAAACUUUCCUUGGAAAACAAGAAUGGCAUAGCACAAACUGGUGAAUUGACAGUUGUGCUUGAUGGAUUGGUGAUUGAGCAAGAAAAUAUAACAAACUGCAGCUCAUCUCCAACCAUAGAAAUACAGCAAAAUGGUGAUGCCUUACAUGAAAAUGGAGAGCCUUCAGCAACGACAACUGCCAGGUUGGCUGCUAAAGGCACGAAUGGAAUAGAUAAUCAUGUACCUACAAGCACUCUAGUCCAAAACUCAUGCUGCUCGUAUGUAGUUAAUGGAGACAACAUACCUUCAUCUCCGUCUCAGGUUGCUGCCAGACCCAAAAAUACACCAGCUCCAAAACCACUCACAUCUGAGCCUGCCGAUGACACUGUUAAUGGAGAAUCAUCCUUAUUUGCACCAACUGAUAAUGCUUCUGUCAUGGGUAUUCCGGCAGUGUCUGAAGAAAAUGCCUUGUCUCCAAAUUGCACUAGUACUACUGUUGAAGAUCCUCCAGUUCAAGAAAUACUGACUUCCUCAGAAAACAAUGAAUGUAUUCCUUCUACCACUGCAGAAUUGGGAUCUGAAUCUAGAAGUAUAUUAGACCCUGACACCUCUAACUCUGGAAGUAGUUCUGCUUUUGAAGCUGCCAAAUCAAGACAGCCAGGUGGGUGUAUGGAUCCUGUAGAGCAGGAGUCUGGGAAUGCCAACACAGAAACCUUGACAUCAGAGUGGGAACAAAGAAAAUAUCCUCAUGGUAGAACCUAUUAUGUGGAUCACAAUACUCGAACUACCACAUGGGAGAGACCACAACCUUUACCUUCAGGUGGGGAAAGAAGAGUUGAUGAUUGUGGAAGAGUUUAUUAUGUGGAUCAUAACACCAGAACAACAACGUGGCAGCAGCCUACCAUGGAAUCGGUCAGAAAUUUUGAACAGUGGCAAUCUCAGCGGAACCAACUGCAGGGAGCUAUGCAACAGUUUAACCAACGAUACCUCUAUUCGGCUUCAAUGUUAGCUGCAGAAAAUGACCCUUAUGGACCUUUGCCACCAGGCUGGGAAAAAAGAGUGGAUUCAACAGACAGGGUUUACUUUGUGAAUCAUAAUACAAAAACAACCCAGUGGGAAGAUCUAAGAACUCAAGGCUUACAGAAUGAAGAACCUCUGCCAGAAGGCUGGGAAAUUAGAUAUACUCGUGAAGGUGUAAGGUACUUUGUUAAUCAUAACGCAAGAACAACAACAUUCAAAGAUCCUCGCAAUGGGAAGUCAUCUGUAACUAAAGGUGGUCCACAAAUUGAUUAUGAACACAGCUUUAGGCGGAAACUUGCUCACUUCCAUUAUUUGUGCCAGUCUAAUGCACUACCCAGUCACGUAGAGAUCAAUGUGUCCCGGCAGACAUUGUUUGAAGAUUCCUUCCAACAGAUUAUGGCAUUAAAACCUUAUGACUUGAGGAGGUGCUUAUAUGUAAUAUUUAGAGGAGAAGAAGGACUUGAUUAUGGUGGCCUAGCAAGAGAAUGGCUUUUCUUGCUUUCACAUGAAGUUUUGAACACAAUGUAUUGCUUAUUUGAGUAUGCAGGGAAGAACAACUAUUGCCUGCAGAUAAAUCCAGCAUCAACCAUUAAUCCAGACCAUCUUUCAUACUUCUGUUUCAUUGGUCGUUUUAUUGCCACGGCACUAUUUCAUGGAAAGUUUAUCGACACUGAUUUCUCUUUACCAUUCUACAAGCGUAUGUUAAGUGAAAAACUUACUAUUAAGGAUUUGGAAUCUAUUGAUACUGAAUUUUAUAACUCCCUUAUCUGGAUAAGAGAUAACAACAUUGAAGAAUGUGGCUUAGAACCGUACUUUUCUGUUGACAUGGAGAGUUGGGGAAAAGUUACCUUACAUGACCCAAAGUUGGGAGUUUCCCAUAUUCUGGUGACUGAGGAGAACAAAGAUGAAUAUAUUGGUUUAAUGACAGAAUGGCAUUUUUCUCGAGGAGUACAAGAACAGACCAAAACUUUCCUUGAUGGUUUUAAUGGAGUUGUUCCUCGUCAGUGGCUACAGUACUUGGAUGAAAAAGAUUUAGAGGUUAUGUUGUGAGGCACGCAGGAGGCUGACUUGGCAGAUUGGCAGAGAAAUACUCUUUAUCAACAUUAUACAAGAAACAGCAAGCAAAUCAUUCGGUUUCGGCAGUUUGUGAAAGAGACAGACAAUGAAGUAAGAAUGCUACUAUCGCAGUUCGUCACUGGAACCUGCCGUUUAUCUCUAGGAGGAUUUGCUGAGCUCAUGGGAAGUAAUGGGACUCAAAAGUUUUGCAUUGAAAAAGUUGGCAAAGACACUUGGUUACCAAGAAGCCAUACGUGUUUUAAUCUCUUGGAUCUACCACCAUAUAAGAUUUACAAACAACUAAAGGAAAAACUUCUUUUUGCAAUAGAAGAGACAGAGGGAUUUGGACAAGAAUGAAUGUGGCUUCUUAUUUUGGAGGAGCUCUUGCAUUUAAAAACCCCGACCAAGAAAAAUUGCACAGAUAGUGUAUAUAAGCUGUUCACUCCGUACAGUGAAUUUUCCGAACCUCUCAAAGUAUGUUUUCCAUUCUUCCACAGAAAUAUGCAAAACAUAUAUCAUCCUUUUCUACUUUAUUUAUUGUUCCCUUGAAAUGAUUGACCAGGAAAAAGAUCAUCCUUAAAUUUUGAAGCAAGUG